AUGACGCGCUUCAAGUCCUCAAAGCCCAAGUUUAAGCCAGAGUACGACAGAUCAGAAAGCAAGCAUCCGCCAACUUACUCUCAUCGUCUUCAACAAGGCCUGGGCUCUCUCGGUCUCGCAACCGUAGGCGGCGGGACUGCUUUGGUCCUCGCAAUCCUCGGCUUCCUCCUCUUCCUAUGGACCGGCGAAGGCUCGCAAGACGGCAGGAAAGCCGCGGCGCUUUGGCGAUGGAUCAUGCUCAAUCAACACAUCACGCAGGCCAUCACCCUAUCAACAGUCUUACUACGUAUAGCAGUCACAGCACAGGCGUCCAUCUACACAAGUCUCCUCGCUGGCGUUGUUCUAGAGAAGCAUGGCGUACCUCUGUUUCGAGUCGCUGAGAUGUCUAUCAUCCGGUGUACCAACGACGGACCGUUCCAACUGACUUGGGUACUGCUGACUUCGUCACGGAAGGCAUACAUGCAGACCGGGCUGGCCAUCUUGCUAUUGCUUACAACGUUCGUUGUUCAAUUCUCGUCGACUCUGUUGGUGUCUGACUUGGGUACCGAUGACCUCGUCGGUGAUGCUAAGGCGAGAAAGCUCAACGUGCACAUGAGCGACGAGGUCAUCUCGCUGAACAGGCAGAUGAAUAACUGGAUCGGUCGCCCGACAGCAUAUGUGCCAUUUGGCGAGUUGCCCUCAGAGGCAAAUACGAUGACAGACAAUCAGUUCAACUACAGCGAUACGGGCAUCGUAAGAAGAACGUUCCUCCCCCUCUCAACAUCACAAAUGUCUACACUACGCCAGUACAACGGCGGUGCCUACGGUUUCGAAUCACGCUUUGUCUGUCUCCGUCCCUCGGUGUCUGCCUUCCUCUCGGUGACGACUCCUGCACCGGGCACAGAUACUGUCCCUUUCUACCUGAAAGUGGCGGGCAGUUUAUCAUAUGAGUCCAUGUUCCGCGAAGCAGGUCUCUCGCCACCGGAAAAUUGCGAAAAUGGAAAUUGUUUCCCGUCAAGCUUCAACUGUUCACUCCCUCAGUUUCAGUACACCGAAACGCAAGCACGGCAGGGCUUUACGAACAGCUUGUGUAUUCCCAAUGGCACAGCCGCCCGCCCGAGUGCUCAAAAUCACACCAUCUCAGAGAAACUGAUCACGCCGUACUCCCAGGUCUUCCUUUUCUUCAGGAACAACGGUACCCAUGAUCUUUGGAAAGGACCAGGCAAUCGUGUCCUGGCGGGGACAUUCGGGCUGGAUAAUGUUACUUCUACUGAUGGUGACUGGCUUACGUAUAAUCGUCCCAUCGGAGGAAGAUUUCCCACAGGGGAAAGGAUCGAGACGGGCGUAUUGAGGCUAGACAUGUCGCUCUGCUUCCAACAAUUGGUCUUUAACUUUGCGGAAGUCAAGCUUUCCAGCAAGAAAGACUUGAAAGAGUCGCAGGUAACCUGGACUUCGGAGACCAAGGCCUGGAAUACGAAGAAUGUUCAAAAACUCAUGGGUAUCGGAGCCCACGGGAAGAGCAGCCGCGAAAUCUUCUCGGUGGACUCGGUGCAGAACCCACGCCACCUGAACGCUACGCAAUUCCUGACAAACAAGCUCAUAAACGACUUAUACAACUCGCCCCGAACUUUCAACUUUUCCCUCUUCAUGGACCCUCAAGGCAGCGGGAAUUCUCCCAUUAAGCCGCACGUCGAGUACCAGGCCAUCUUUGCAGAUAUUCUCAACGUCACCAACCGUCCUGGCGUAGCGAUGCAGUCCACCUUGACAGCCCUCUCGGGCUCUAUCAUCAAUGAGGCACUUCCGCAAUUUGACGUCCAGUCCAACGCCAUCCUGACCUCGUCAGUCCGCGUACUGACGCCCAAGAGCCUUCGGGGAUUGCUCAUCAUCUUUGGCGUCAUGGCAUUGAACAUGGCUUGCGGCCUAGCCGUGGUGCUUGUUUUCAUGAUACAGAGUCGGUAUUCUAGCCAGGGAAAUUAUUGGCAGGGCGUGUCGCAGAUUGUGUCUGACGAGACGGCGUGGAUUCUGGAAGGGGCUACGGACGCGAGUGAUGGUCAUGUUGAGGAUGAGGUAAGAGGUUCAAAUCAUCUCGUCUGUAUCUCUCGUUCGGAUAGGAGUGGACGGGUGCGUGUGGCCCCUGUUAUAUCUGUGUAG